AUGCUUGGCUUUGUCGGCUGGCCAACACCAACAUUGAUACAAGGAAUCGAAAAGUUCAUGGCAACGGAUUACAACUUAGAUGCAACAAAGAAGGGUCUCAUUGGUGUGUGGAUGAAGUCUAUAUCAACGCCGAAUUUUAUUUUUAUUGUUGAGAGUUUUCUUCUGAUAGCAGUGAUUGGUGCAAUAGGAACUGUAUGUGCAUGGAAAAUUCAUCUUUGUAUCCGAAGAAACUCUAUGAGCUCUACAACACGGAAAAUGCACAGACAAAUGCUUACCAUGCUUCUUGUCCAGGACUAG